UCUUCUCGUAGAUUAUCACGAGAUUCGAAGGAAGUAGCCUACUACCCGAACCACGUGACCUCUUCGGGUGUCUCUCCUAAGCGUUAGUCGUACACCAGACAAGGAUAUAGUUUUGCUCCUCCACAGCGACUAAAAAAGAUUGAAACAAAAUGGCGGAUCAGAAACCAUCGGAACCAAAUGCUAAAUCACCAAUGCUGAGUAAUUUGAGAUAUUCGCGAGCUGGAUCGCUAAGAAAGGUCCUGAAAUGGAUAAGAGUCAAUUUGCUCCUAGUCCUGACCAUCAUAGGAGUUCUGUUAGGAAUACUCAUAGGUUUUCUAGCUCGUUUGAGUGACUACAGCGAAAAGACCGCCAUGUUAGUCUUAUUCCCGGGAGACAUAUUGAUGAGCAUGUUGAAAAUGUUGAUUCUACCACUUAUCAUAUCUUCUAUGAUUUCGGGAUUGGCUCAGUUGGAUGCAAAAUCCAGUGGUAAAAUGGGUUAUCGAGCUUUACUAUAUUAUUUCGCGACCACCAUCUUUGCUGCCAUCGUUGGUAUCAUUUUGGUAACGUCUAUUCAUCCCGGUGAUCCCGCCAUUAAGGAGCAAGUCCACGUGGAAGAAGAACAAACAUCCGUGACUGUUUCUACUUUAGAUUCCUUCCUGGAUCUUAUCAGGAAUUUGUUUCCAGAUAAUUUGCUCCAAGCUUGCUUCCAGUCUGCUCACACAACGUACAAAGAGGUUAACGUGACAAAGGAUAACAUGACCGAAAUUAAAGAAAAGGCCAUUAUAGUCUACAGAGAUGGAACCAACGUUAUGGGUUUAAUCGUAUUUUGCGUGGCUUUUGGCAUAAUUGCGGGUCAGAUGGGUCACGAUGGAGAGUUAAUGGUGCAAUUUUUCGUGGUACUUAAUGACAUCAUCAUGAGGAUCGUUGGCUUAGUUAUGUGGUAUUCUCCUAUCGGUAUCAUGUUUUUGAUCAUCGGGAAGAUCAUGCUUAUCAAGGAUUUAGCUACUACUGCUAAUGCGCUAGGACUUUAUAUGGUUACGGUUAUCACGGGACUCAUCAUCCACGCGUGCAUCACCCUUCCGCUGCUUUAUUUCGUCUUCACUAGAAAGAACCCACUCACAUUCUUCCGAGGAAUGCUGCAAGCUUGGAUUACAGCUUUGGGUACCGCUUCCAGUGCCGCCACUCUGCCAGUUACAUUCCAGUGUUUGGAGGAGAACAACAAGAUUGACAAGCGUGUAACGCGUUUCGUACUACCAGUGGGUGCCACAGUCAACAUGGAUGGCACAGCUCUAUAUGAAGCUGUGGCUUCUAUUUUCAUAGCCCAGAUGAACGAUGUACCAUUGGAUCCUGGUAAAAUUAUCGCAGUCAGUCUCACAGCUACAGCAGCUAGUAUCGGUGCAGCCAGUGUACCCAGUGCCGGUUUGGUGACCAUGAUGCUGGUGUUAACCGCUCUAGGACUGCCAGUGGACGACAUCGCUAUGAUUCUUAGCGUGGAUUGGUUGUUGGAUCGACUUCGAACAUCCGUCAACGUAGUAGGUGACGCAUUCGGAGCAGGGAUCGUUUAUCAUUUGUCUAAAUCAGAAUUGGAUCAGAUAGAUGCCGAAUAUCAAGCUCGCUUGGAACAGGAAUUGGCCGAGAUAGGACCCAUCCGAAAGUUAUCCAUCGCUGCCAAACGAACUCUGGUUGGAAGCUGCAAACGCAAAGGAGACGGAAGUUCUUUUGAGGAAACGAACGACACCAACAUUUAAAAUGGCGGCUUUUUGUACAAAUAAUCCUCCACAAUACGAUUCUAGACCAGGGUGCACGUGACACGAUAAUAAUAUUCGCUUUGCAUGAUGUUACCCCAUUGAAGACGUCAUCGGGAUGACUCCAAAAAUCGAUUAUCCGUUAAGAAACGUUAUAUUAAUUUCAAAAAA